AUGCAGCUGAGCCACUGGACAGCGCUGUUGGCGCUCGCCACAAAUGCCGUCCUCUCUGCAAGUCUUCCAAUCCGCAUAAUCACCUUCAACAUCCGCUACGCGGCAACUUCGCUCGAAACAAACGAGAAGCCAUGGUGGACGCUCUUCUGCUUCAUUUGGGAUGACCAAUGUCGCCAACCCCAUGUUAUCGACCUCCUGAGCGAAACAGCAGCGAACGCUCCCACCGGCGCUGCCACGAUCAUUGCCAUGCAGGAGGUCUUGGACAACCAACUGAGCGACAUCAAGAGCGGAUUAGGGUCUUCAUGGGCGCACAUCGGCGUAGCUCGGGAUGAUGGGGAAGACAGCGGAGAGUACAGCCCUAUUCUGUACCGCACCGACGUCCUGAAGUUGCUGUACUCUGAAACAAAGUGGCUUUCUCCGACGCCAGACACUGUCUCAUACGGUUGGGGUGCUGGUAGCCGGAGGAUUGUCACGAUUGGCGUCUUUGAGCAUAUCGCCACUGGAAAACGGUUCAUCCAUGCGAAUACCCAUCUCGACAACGUCAGUUCAGAAGCUCGCAGCGAGGGAAUCAAGGUCGUGGUGGCGAGGAUCCAGGCCGUGCAGUCUAGCUGGGGUCCCCUAGGUGUCACGUUAACGGGCGACUUCAACUCGGACCCCAACGGAGAUGCUUAUAGCACCCUGACCGGCCUUGCGUACGUGGAGGACCUGUGGAAUAUUGCCACGCAUGUCGGCGCGAACCAGUUGACGUAUACGGGGUUUACAGCUACAGGGAUUAGUCGCAUUGAUUUCAUCUGGCUCGGCCCGAAAGGCAGCAAUCUAUACUCGACGCAACAGGUGGAGAUUUUGAACAAUAAUGUGGAUGAGAUGUUUAUCAGUGACCACAGGCCUGUGGUGGGAGAUAUAACUCUUCUUUAA